GGAGCUGUUCCUAUGGAUUUCCCUUGCUUGGUCUGACACUUUGUGCUAUCUCACUAUUGACAAUCAGGUAUAAAGCAUCAAAAGAAAGACCAAUCCUUGUUAAACUUGGAGAGCCUGUUGGAAACUUCACAGCUAUGACAAACAGUGAUCUCCAGGAAUUUCAGAAAGUUCUUGAAGUUGCGGCUCUUGAUGACCAGAAGACCGUUUUGAUAGGGCUGCUCAACAAGGCGUGGUGUGAUCCAGGAGGAAUGUUCGAUACGUUCUUGGAGAGCUUUGAUCUGGGAGAAGGAAUAAGCUAUUUGCUCAAGCAUAUGGUGAUUGUGGCUGUGGAUAGCUUUGCAUACGAGAAAUGCAUCCACGCUGGGAAGGUCCAUUGCUUCCAGUUUAGAUUCAAGCCCGGUGUAAAUUUCUCCGCGGAGCAAGUCUCCAUGGCUCCAGAUUACCUCAAAUUGGUAAAUCUCAAGACUUACCUUCUCGGCCUCGUCUUACAGUACGAUUUCAACUUCAUUUUCACUGAUAUCGACAUUGUUUGGUUCCGGCCUCCAUUUCGUCACUUCUCCAAGCACGCAGAUUUUGAGUCGGCUUGCGAAGUCUUCAACAACGACUCGUCAGACAUCGCAAACUUGCAAAACACCGGGUUCCUUCACGUUGUCGCAAGCAAUCGCACCAGGAGGCUGUUUGAUCUGUGGCUGCAAAUGCACCGGUUCCAUCCUGGGCUUCACGAUCAAGACGUAUUUUACGAGCUCAAGAAGACCCAGCAGUUCAAAGACCUUGAUCUCAGCCUCAACUUCAUGCCUACCGUCUAUUUCGGUGGCUUCUGCACGGUGAGCUCGGAUCUAGAAAAGGUUUGCACCAACCAUGCAACUUGCUGCGUCGGACUUACAAAAAAGUUGGCGGGACAGAAGCAGGUACUUGAAGACUGGAAGCUGUUCAAGUCGAUGACACCUCACGAGAGCAGAUUGCAAGGCGUGGGAUUCAAGCGUCCCAGCAACUGUCAUUAGUCAGAUCUUGAUGUGAAGUAUCAUCUUUUUCAAUUAUACAGAAAACAAUAUAUGUUAUUUUGUGAGCC